AUGAUGAUAGGAAAUGGGAAUGAUAAGAAAAAAAAUUCGGGUCAUAGUGGGACAUCUGGCGUAGCGAAUAUUCAUUCCAAUUCGGAAUUAGAUGAGUUAUAUUUGGAACAAUUGAACAUCCAACGACAAUUGGAUACCAUCCAGAAACAACAACAACAAUUACAGGAACAACAACAAUUGAUUCAGUCACAAACACAAGAAAUUCUGGGGAGGCCUGGGAUUCCCUCUCGUUCAAUAUCAAGGUCACCUACCAUGUCACUUUCUAGGUCUACUUCCAACUUAAGUUUAUCGUCACCUCGGUUCCCCAAAACAAGUACUUUUGCACAAGAUAUUAAAAGUUCAGAUAUAAGAGGUCAUCCAUUACCGUUAAGAGAUGGUCCCUAUAGUAGUUCCAGUAAAGAAGAUAUCCGUGGUCGAAGACGAUCAGUGCCUAAGAAUAGAAGGAGACAAUCAUUAAUAUUGGAGGAGGCAAAGAAAGCUGCUGCAGAAGAACAAGAAAAGAGAAAUCAAAGUGAAUCGAGUUAUGAAACCCCACCAAAAUUAAUCUCAAAGCAUUAUAUGGAGGAAUUUAAUUUAUCAUCCGUUGAAAAAACGUGUUCGUCAAAAGCCUUCAUUACACCAAGUACUUCGCCAAUUCAUUUACAAGAAUAUUCACUCAAUAGUUCUACAUCUGUAAGAAAUAGUGAGCCAAGAACUAAAUUUGUUCAAAGUUAUGCCUCAGUGGCAUUACAAGGUAUUUCACAAAUUUCGCCAACUGCACCUUAUAAGUUCCCCCAACCUCCAUCAACAGGUCAUCAUUCUUUUAAUACCGCUAAAGACGAUAAUGAUAACAUUAAUCAAAUGACAAUUCAUUCCUUUAGAGCUGAAGCCACUUCAAGAUUAAAUAGUAAUGAUAAUGAGGAACCCCCAUCUAUGAAGGAAUUAAUCAGUUCUCCAAUAAAUUUCCAUAGAAGUUCCAAAUCAUUAUCUUCUCCCAUUGAAAACACCAGUAGAAUAUCUUCUCCUCGAUUCAGGAGGCGAAGAUCCUCUGCAACUAGUGAUCCCAAUUAUUUAGACAUUGAUACUCAAUUCCAAUAUCCUUCAUAUAUUCAACAACCAGGAACAGGUCAUAGUAGAAAGCCGUUAUUUACACCUUAUGUUCCUCAAAUGUCGAUUCCAGAAUUAUUAAAGGAGGGGAAAUUAGUUACAGGUAUAGUUCGAGUCAAUAAGAAAAAUAGAUCAGAUGCAUGGGUUUCUACCGAAGGUUUAUUAGAUUCAGAUAUUUAUAUAUGUGGUUCCAAAGAUAGAAAUAGAGCUUUAGAAGGAGAUUUUGUGGGUGUUGAAUUAUUACCUGUAGAUGACGUUUGGGAAUCCAAGAAAGUAAAAGAAGAAAAAAAAAAGAGAAAAGAUGCCUCAAUACAACAAACUGGUGUUUCUUUAAGUUCCUCAGAAGAUUAUCAUAAUGAUGCUUCAUCUAUCUUAAUUCCUACAAAUAGUAUUAAAAUCGAAAAUAAUAAUGAAUCAAUUCUAAAUGAAUCAGAAAAUUUGACAAAGUUAGAAAUGGGAAAUAGAUCAACUUCAGUUACUGGUAGUUUAAGAAGAAGAAGCUCUUUGAAAUACCGCCCAACUCAAAAAAAAAAUGAUGAUUUAGAAGUAGAAGGUCAAUCGUUAUUAUUAGUGGAAGAGGAAGAAAUUAAUAAUGAAUUUAAACCGUUGUACGCAGGUCAUAUUGUUGCAAUUUUAGAUCGUGUUCCUGGUCAGUUAUUUACUGGGACAUUAAGUAUUUUAAGACCCUCUCAAUUAACUGAAAAUAAUAUGAAGCCGAUAAAGCCAAACCAUCAACCAAAAAUUAUUUGGUUUAAACCAACUGAUAAAAAAGUUCCCUUAAUAGCAAUCCCAACUGAAUUAGUCCCCAAGGAUUUCAUUCAAAACAAUGCAAAAUAUGAAAAUAAACUUUUCAUUGCCUCAAUUAAACGUUGGCCAAUUACAAGUCUGCAUCCAUUCGGUAUAUUAAUUGCAGAAUUGGGGAAAAUUGAUGAUCCAAAUAUUGAAAUAGAUUCAAUCUUCAGAGACAAUAAUUUCCCGGGAAAUGAAUAUUCAGAUCAAAGAAAUACAGUCAAAGAAAAGCCAAUCUUAUUAGCAAAGUCGAUUUCAAAAGAAUUAUUAAAGGAUAGGGUAGAUUUUACAGAUUUGAACACUUACAAUGUUUUGGCCAUUUCAACUAGUGAUAAUUUGUCAGAAUUUGCUGUUCAUGUUAAGGAUAAUUCAGAUGGUACCUUAGAAUUGGCCUGUCAUGUAAUUGAUAUUACCGCACAUAUUGAAGAAGGGGGAUCAGUUGAUAGAAGAGCGCGUAGAAGAUCUACUGGAGUUAUAAUGCCUCAAGAAAAGAUGGCUUUAUUACCAAAAGCUGUUAAUGAUGCUGUGUCAUUAUUUAAAGAUAAAAAAUCCGCUACAAUCUCUAUUAUUUUUAAGCUUGAUUCAAAAUCGUUUAAAGUUAUUUCUUCUACCAUAUGUGAGUCAAUCAUCGCGCCGUCUUUAUUGUUAGACGUAGAUGAUAUUGUAGAAGAUUUAAUGAGUAAAGAGGUAAACCCCUAUUUGUCUUUAUUGGCAGAAAUUUCAAGAUGUUUUUAUUCUGAAAGAAUGCAUUCUCCAGAUAUUGCAUUAGAUCCAUUAUUAUCGAUUUUAAGUAAACUUGAUGAUGAAGAUACUGAAGUAAAUUUAAAUAUUUUCGAAACUAACAUGGGUAAUUUUGUAGUUAAUGAGCUCCAAAGAAAAUGUAAUUCAAUUAUUGCAGAAAGUCUAUUGUUACACAUAGGUGACCCUGCAUUCUUAAGAAGACAACUUCCACCUUCUCCAAUAAAACUUAAAUCAUUUGUUAAAAAGGUUAAAAGAUAUGGUUAUGAUAUUGAUAGCACAUCUCCUGAAAAUAUUAUAAAGUCAAUAUUAUCUAUCAAUGACCCAAUAACAAGAAAGGGAGUAGAAGUACUAUUCUAUAAGACUAUGAGUAGAGCAAAAUAUUUUAUCAAAAGCAAUGUGGAAAAUAAUCAAUAUGAACACUAUUUAAAUAAUUUCCCUGUAUACACUCAUUUCACAUCACCACUUAGAAGAUACAGUGAUCAUGUUGUUCAUAGGCAAUUAAAAUCUAUUAUUCAUGAUGAUAUUUAUAAUUAUGAUUUCAAUACACUUCGAAUAACUGCGGAAUAUUGUAAUUUCAAAAAGGAUUGUGCUUAUCAAGCUCAAACACAGGCUAUCCAUUUAUUAUUAAGUAAAUGUAUUAAUAGUAUGAGUAAUGGAGUUGGCCAAUUACUUACAAUGGGUACUGUACUACAAGUAUAUGAAUCGUCUUUUGACGUUAUUAUACCUGAAUUUGGUUUGGAGAAGAGGGUUCACGGAGAUCAACUUCCAUUAUUUAAAGCUGAAUUCGAUGAAUUAAAGAGAGAACUUUAUCUAUAUUGGAAGCCAGGUGUUGAUAGCGCAGACUUUAUUCCUCCUGAUGAAAAGAGUCCUCAAUCAUAUCGUAAUUCUAUUAAAAAUAAAUUCAAAUCUUCUACUAAAGAAAUAAUAAAACAUCAAAUAAAUAAAUUGUUAAAAGAUAAAACCUUGUUAACUGAAGAUAUGAUAAAGGAGCUUGAAAAGAUGAAUUGUAAAGAACCAAAACUGAGCUUUCCUUUUAAAUUUCCUGGUUUAGAAAAUAAUUCUGAAGAUAAACUUGAACUAGAAAAUGGUGAGGCAGGGCCAAUCGAUAUUGAAAAUGCCUUAAAAAUUUAUCGAAAUACGACUAUUAUUAAAAAGGACGAGAAACUAGAUGGUAAUAAAGAUAAUAUUGGCUAUACUGAUUCCAAUUAUAUUCAAAUAAUUAAUGAAUCCCAAACCAUUCCAAUAUUACUAAGAGCUGAAGUUGGGUUAACCUUACCAUGUAUAUCUGUCCGUGCUUUUAAUCCAUUUUAUAAAAGAGAUGAAUAA